GCAUUCUGAAAGACAGACGCACGCACGUGGCCCUAAUUAAAGCCAAUUAGACAUUGCGUUUGUUUUUAUCACCCCAACGAAAAAUAACUUCGGUUUAACACCAUCCCAGAGUGACCAGCAACAACGCAGAGAUGUUUUCGUGUCUAAAUGUACUGCCAGCCCCACUGCAGCUGUGCCUGGGAAUGUGCCUUCACAAGGAUGUUGCAGAGGAGCAUAAAAGGGCAAAACUCCAAAGCUCUAAAAUAGAACGGGACCUUCACAAACAUGCCAGCAUGGAUAAUAAUGUGGUCAAAAUCCUUAUGCUCGGUGCUCCAGAGACUGGAAAGAGUACAAUUGUCAAGCAGAUAAAGAUAAUCCAUAAUCAUGGAUUCUCCAAACAAGAGCUUAUAAAUUUCAAGCCUGCAGUACUGGACAAUCUUCUGACCUCUAUGAAGACUGUUCUGCAAGGCAUGGGGACACUGAGGAUAAACCUUGCUAACAAACAGAAUAAGGAUCAUGCUCGCUCCAUCCUGUCCUGCAGCCAGUGUUUAGGGGACGAUCAGGAGCUCCUUCCUUUUAUGGCUCAUGCUUUCUGUGCACUCUGGUCCGACCAAGGAGUCCGAGCAGCUGCAGCCCGAGGUUACGAGUUUGAGCUGAACGACUCUGCUCUCUAUUUCUUUGAGAACAUGAGUCGAAUCAUCGCACCAAACUACGUUCCCACAGAUGCAGAUGUUCUGAGAGUCAGAGUGAGGACCUGUGGAAUCAUUGAGACACAGUUUCAAGUUGAUAAAACUAUGUUUCGGCUGUAUGAUGUCAGAGGCCAGCAAAGUAAGAGGAGGAAGUGGCUAAGCUGCUUUGAAGGUAUACAAGCUGUGGUGUUUGUUGUGGCCCUCAACAGCUAUGAUAUGACACUACUGGAGGAUCCUUCUGUGAAUCGGCUGCAAGAAAGUCUUGAACUUUUUUCAUCAAUCUGCAUCCACACAGUUCUCCAGCGAACCACCAUGAUUCUGUUCAUGAACAAAACUGACCUUUUCCGGGAAAAGAUCCUAAAAUCUGGAAGACACUUGAGACUUUACCAUUCUAGCUAUAAAGGUGCUGAUGGUGAUGUGGAUGCUGCAGCCCACCAUAUCACUGCAAUGUUCUCAGCAUGUAACAGCAACCCUGACAGGCCUGUGUACCACCACUUCACCACAGCCAUAGACGCCACAAGCGUACAGGUCGCAUUUCAUGUGGUCGUUGAUCAGAUUAUGAGGGGGAACAUAGAAGCUGUUCAGCUCGUUUAAGUCUUCUGGAGACUCUUUACAUUGUUUUAAGUCAUUCAUUGCUGUCAUUUCUUUGUGAAUUCUCAUGUGUCCUUUUGUCUUUUAGAGCUUCAAAAUUUGAUGAAGUACCACUAUUUAAUUGUUCUUUUUCCUUUCUGACUUUAUAACAUUUUAAAUAAACAUUUGCUUUGUAA